AUGACAAAAUCUCUAACGAACAAGCUACUUCUGAAGCAACGCCUCUUUGCCUUGCGUAUGCAAGAAGAUACAGUGAGACUAGAAGAAGUUAGGUCGGCGCUUCACAGUCGGGGAUUACGCCAUAAGGCAUCCAGCUCAGGGACAGACAAUCAAGCUUCGGGAUUGUUUGUCAGUGGUGUGAAGGGACAUGGGAAGAAAAGGAAGUCGAAAGAUAGAAAAUCGUUUCCAAGAGGUCCUAAGCCAACUGAUACUUGCAACUAUUGCAAAGAGAAGGGACAUUGGAAGUCAGACUGUCCCAAGAAGAAGAAGGAGCAACAGUCUGGAUCUGCUGCAGUAGCUGAGGAUGAAGCCAAGUCUGAUAGUGACAUCGCUCUUGUUGUGCACGGACACACACACUCUUCUGAUGUGUGGGUUCUGGAUACAGGAGCAUCCUACCAUAUGACACCGAGGAGAGAUUGUUUUUUGAAGUACAAAGAGGUACUUUUUUCGAAGUACACAGAAGUACUUGACGACAAGAUUAAGAUGGCAAAUGAUUUUGUCUGCAAGAUUGCUGGGAUCGGCUCAAUCAAGCUCAGGACACAUGAUGGUAGAUUCUGCACAUUGAACGAGGUUAGGCAUGUUCCAUCAAUAAUGAAGAAUUUGAUAUCCAUGAGUCUUCUGGACAGUAGAGAGUUCAAAUAUUCGGGUGGUGAUGGAGUUCUGAAUGUCUGCAAGGGUUCUGACGUGAUUCUGAAGGGUUUCAUGAACAGUACUCUAUAUUUUCUGAAGGGUACUACCGUUACAGCUGAAGAGAAGUGUGACAUCGAGAAGCUGGAGCUUCUGGGUUUUGAAGUUGAGAUGAAUGAUUUGGGUGCAGCAAUGAAGAUUUUAGGGAUGGAGAUCUUCAGAGAUAGGGAGAAGGAGUUGUUCUUGUCACAGAAGGCCUACAUUAAUGAGGUGUUGACAAGGACAUCUGGUCCAUUGGGGCAUCUGAUCCGCAAGGACAUCUGGUCCGUUGGGGAAUCUGGUCCAUUGGGAUAUUCGGCUGAUGAUGAACGUCUGGCUCUAGUUGAGCAUCUGGCCGUUAAAGGGCGUCUGUAUUUUUGGCAAAUUCCCCUUGCUUUUGGAGCUUAUAGGAGAAACUUGUACGCUGAAGUAAGAGAGGAAUGGGAAAAUGUGUAUGGUCCACUCAGAUAUUCCUACAAAUCUUUAUACAAAGCGACAAAAGGGUUCAGUAGAAAUGAAUUUCUUGGGAAAGGAGAUUUUGGUGAAGUCUACAAAGGGACACUCCCUCGGAACAUUGAGCUGAGAGAAGUGGCUGUGAAGAAAGUAUCACACGAGGGUGAGCAUGGUAUGAAACAGUUUGUCUCUGAGAUCGUGUGCAUGAGGAGUUUAAAACACCGCAGCUUGGUUCCACUUCUUGGGUAUUGCAGGAGGAAACAUGAGUUAAUAUUGGUUUCUGAGUACAUGCCAAAUGGUAGCCUUGAUGGUUACUUGUUUAAUCAUGAUAAACCGACUCUUCCCUGGUGGAGAAGAUUUGCAAUUCUCAAAGACAUCUCGUUGGCUCUUAGUUACUUACAUACAGAAGCUGACCAAGUUGUUAUACACAGAGAUAUCAAAGCUUCUAACGUUAUGUUGGACGCAGAGUUCAACGGAAGGUUGGGAGAUUUUGGUAUGUCCAGGUUAUAUGACAGAGGGACUGAUCCAACCACAACAGCUGCAGUUGGAACUAUUGGUUACAUGGCUCCUGAGCUUACAACAAUGGGACCUUCCACUGUGACUGAUGUGUAUGCAUUUGGUGUUUUCUUGCUUGAAAUAACUUGUGGGAGGAGACCUGUGGAGGCUGGCUUUUCGGCUGCAAAACGUUUUCUUGUCCGAUGGGUUGGUGAAUGCUGGAGACGGUCUUCUUUGCUUGACGUUGUGGAUCCAAGGUUGACAGAAUUCUCAUCCGGGGAAGUGGAGAGGGUUCUGAAAGUCGGUUUGCUCUGUGCAAACCUUGCUCCAGAUGCAAGACCGUCCAUGGAACAAGUGGUGCAAUACUUAAAUGGAAACGUACUGAUGCCCGAGUUUUGGCCAUAUUCUCCUGGAAUUGGAGCUCUCACUCCAACAUUGUUUUCACCAUCACAACACUCACUCCCUUCACUAUCACUGUCUUCUUCCUCAUACAACAACUCUAUGUUUAUUACUCGUAGUUUCGUUUCAGGGAGUGGACGAUGA